GGUGGGCACCGGAGGACUACCCAGACCCCAUCAGGCUGCCGGAGUUGUGUGGGAGAGUCAACUGGACAGCCAGCUUCGUUUGCGACCCUGACGGAAUACUCACAUCGUCAGAAGCUGACCUACUGGAUGUAGAGCUGAUCACCACUGUAAGGGACACUCCCUGUCCAUGUGACACGUGUCCCGGGAAGAACGACGGUUACAACAUCGCAGUCGCACUCAUGAAGAGGAUGGCAACAACUGGCUCUGGAGCUUCAUCGACACAAGUAAGGGCUCAGGGCUUCGCCAUGUACUUGAGAGCUGUCGCAUGGGAUUAUGGGAGAUGUGACGAGGGCGUGGUCAUCCUGGUCUCUACGGAAGACAGACAG